CCGGCGACGGGAUCAGCAUGACGUAUAAUCCCGUGGACGGCACUCUUCUACAACAACAUCUAGUCAGCCACCUCGGUAGCUUCCUAGCCGAUACAUUCAAGCUGUUCAGACUGCUUCGGUGUAUAUUUUCCUCUGUAUUUUAAGCAUAAUUCUGUCAUAUAACUAGUUUCCCAAUUUAAUGUCAUAUUUCCGUUUCGUCAGGUAACGGUAGCUGGCUUGAUAAAUUAGCAUAUUAACUAGCUAGGUUAGCUGGCUAACUGGCUAACUAGCUAGGUUAGCUGGCUAACUAGCUGGCUAACUAGCUGGCUAACUAGCUAGGUUAGCUGGCUAACAUCACCGACCAUGGGGUCUCUAAACUACCCCCCUCCUGUUAAAGAAGAGGGUGUCUGCUGGACGGAGAAAGAAGCUCUGGGGCUGAACAUUGUUGUGAAAGAGGAGAAGGAAGAAGAGGAUGAUGUGACAGUAAAACAAGAAGUAGAGGUUGAGGCUGUUACAGUGAAAGAAGAGGAAGACGCGCUCAGAGUGAAAGAGGAGGAGGAUGCAAUUUUUGGAGUGAAAGAGGAGGAAGGGGAGAUGACUGUCACAUUGAAAGAGGAGAAUGAAGAACAGGAGGAGGAGACAGGUGAUCUGAUUAAAACCAGAGAGAGACCAGACUCUGACAGCGGGAAGAGUUCCUCAGAGGAAACAGACCUGGAGACGCCUAACCAACACCACUGCUCCCACUGUGGAAAGAGUUUUAGGUGGUUUGGGAGCCUGAAAAUGCAUGAGAGAAUACAUACAGGAGAAAAGCCCUACCACUGUUCCCACUGUGGAAAGAAUUUUACUCAGUUCGGGGCCCUGGUUGGGCAUGAGAAAACACACAGGAGAGAAGCCUUAUCACUGCUCCCACUGUGGAAAGAGUUUUAGGUGGUUAUGGGUCCUGAAAAAGCAUGAGAGAAUACACACUGGAGAGAAGCCUUAUCAUUGUUCUCACUGUGGGA